CUGUUCCCUCAACAUCAACAAUUCACAAGACAACAUCAGCUACGACAGCUACAUCGAAUGCAGUUCGCAUUCACAUCAAUACGUAAUUUUGUACUUUACAGUCAUUAUUUCUAAUGUUUUUAUAAUCUUGUUACCAGGAUGGCAAUGGACCAGGAGGUUGAUGUUAAAUUAUUUAUAACAUGCCGCUUGUGCUUGGAUGAACCUGGAUCGUACCAAAUUGUACCUUCCAUUAAGGGGCAAAUACUUUUCUGCUUUGGGAUAGAGGUUGAUCCGUUUGAUGGAUUACCACAGCUGAUCUGCAAAAAGUGCAAGGGCAUGUUAACUGAUUAUAAUGCUAUGAAAACAUUAUAUGUUCAUAAGCAAAAACAGCUACAUGAAAAGCUGUCUAAAAACAAUAAAGAUGUUCAAUCGCCGAUACCUUCAAAUGCUGAAAGUGUUCCGAAAGAAUCGCCAGCUUCGGCUGAAGCAGCCGUGCCUAGCGAGCCAGAGAGACCAGUGGCCGCAGCUCCAGAUGUCGCCACUAAAGUUGCUCGACACGAGAACCGUAAAAAGAAUAAAUCUUCAUGGAAAAAAGCAUUUAAAAAACAUUUUGUUUGUAUAAUUUGCAGUAAAAGCUUUCUAACGGCAAAGUCAAUUAAAAAGCAUUCCCCGACGCACAAAAGAUUUAUUAAAAAACAUGAGAAUGUUUUUAAGAACUAUUUGACUGUGCGAAUGAAUAAAAUAGAUGACAAGAAAAAUAGCACUGGUUGUUUACGAAAUGUAUGUAUUAAUAAAAAUAAGAUAAUUGAACAAGGCAAAAGUCAGUAUCAUUACUCAAUAUAUUUGAAGAAUGACUUCGAGGAAGGCGCACCAGACGAAAACGAGAAUUUGGCAGUUAAGAGGCUACAGUUAUCGUCAGACUCCAGUGAUGACCAAAUCAUCAAAGGUGGGUACUGACCAACGUUACGAGGUGUAAUGUAACAUUCGCAUCGAGCGUGUUACGCAUCGAGCAUGUUACGCAGUAACGACGAAUCGACGUAACAUGCUCGUCAAAACUCUGUGCUCCGCUUUCGCCGCCAGUUCACUCCAAGAUGGCCGACAGCAAGACGUAUUGGGAUCUUUGAUUCUACUUAGUUAUUGUUUCAUCCAAAUGAAGAAAAAGAAAAAACGUUACUGGACAUCAAACUUAUUUAAAAAUAGAGGCGUAUGUGGUGGUUUGUCAUUGAUAGCAAUAUUAAAAAACCAAAUGAUUACUGGACAGUAUAAAAACUUUGUACGCAUGUCUCCGAUUGAUUUUGAAGAACUAUUGAAUUUAAUUGGACCAAAAGUACAUAAAAACGAUACAAAUUAUAGAAAAGCUAUCAGUGUCACGGAACGGUUAGCACUAACGCUUCGUUUUUAUGCUACAGGAGAUUCCUAUACUAGUAUGCAAUAUCUUUUCAAGAUAUCAAAACAACGAAUAGGAUUUAUAGUGAAAGAGGUCAGCGAAGCCCUUAUUGGAUUUCAGAUGCCAGAAACACCGGAGCAAUGGCUGGUUGUAGCAAAUGACUAUGAUACUUUGUGGAAUUUUCCACAUUGUUUAGGUGCAAUCGACGGUAAACAUAUUUUACUGCAAUCACCGAUCAACAGUGGCAGUGAAUUUUAUAAUUACAAGGGUUUCUUCAGCAUCGUAUUACUGGCAGUUGUUGACGCGAAAUAUAAUUUUUUGUAUGUAAAUAUUGGGUGUCAAGGAAGAAUAUCGAGUAACGAAGCCAAUCUAUCCCAAGCGUCUUCUUUCUUUAAUUUGUUAUAAUGCUCUGGGUGAGCUGGGUUCCACAACAGUGUUUCUUCUUUGUAUUUUUCAAUAAAAUACAAAGUUUUUUCUUUAUUCCACUCCAUGCUUCACGAAACUUAAAAUACGAGAGGAACAACGGGUGAUCACUUGCGAUGUCCACGUGCGCUCGUGACGACUCGCAACGGCGUACUGACUGAACCGCGUAACAGUCAAAGGAUUCGUCAAAAAACCGACAGGCGGGUGGAGCACUCGAGGCGAGCAACGAGCGGCUCGUCGCUCGCUGGUUUCCCCGUAACACGACGUACUGACUACACGAAUGCUCGCUAUGUAACAUGUUACAUUACACCUCGUAACGUUGGUCAGUACCCACCUUAAUACAUUCAGGUCGACAUACAUUGAUAAGGAAAAAAAAUUAUACUUCAAAUCAGUUUUAUUGAGCAUCAUAAAAAACAUGUUUUUGUUAAGUACAGCAAUCUUUUUUGAUUAAUAAAUUAUGUAAUGUGCUUAUCGUCCAUAUUAAAUACACGUGUCAGCAACUCCCGGAUAAUAGUAAUGUUUUGUGUAACACCUGCAAAUAAUAUUAUUUUAGUUUUAUGUACCUAAAGGUAGAUAGGUAAACCAUCAUUGUUGUAAUUGACAUAGCCUGUUACACUUUAGGGACCACCCCCACUCAGGCGACGCAUGUCGUUAGACGCGGAACGUACGUCAGUGCCACGCCGCCCGAAUGUAAUUUAAAAAACGUCUCCUCAGUACAUUUUGUA